ACGGUGGUGCAGUCACGUCCCUCUCGCUGUCCCUGUGCCCGGCGGGGAGGGUCCGUCUGUGGCGGUGCCAGACCGUGCCGGCCUUCGUAGGGCGCUCCCGGUCUCGCUCGCUCGCUCUCCCCCUUUCGCUAUGUUGGCCUCGGCGCCGGAAAGAUCCGCCUCGUUCCAUCCCUCCUCCUCUGCCGUCGCCGCCUCUGCCUCGCCAGCUGCCACUCAUCAGAAGCCUUGCUGCAGCCACGGCAAAGACCACGACAGCGGCACGAAAAUGGCAGUUCCCCCUGCUUAUGCUGAUUUAGGAAAAUCUGCCCGGGACAUCUUCACCAAAGGAUAUGGAUUUGGCUUAAUAAAGUUGGACUUGAAAACAAAAUCUGAAAAUGGACUGGAAUUUACAAGCUCAGGCUCAGCAAAUACAGAAACAAGCAAAGUUACUGGAAGUUUGGAAACUAAAUACAGAUGGACAGAAUAUGGUUUGACAUUCAUAGAAAAGUGGAACACUGAUAACACACUAGGCACAGAGAUAACUGUAGAAGAUCAGCUUGCACAUGGGCUGAAGUUGACCUUUGACUCUUCGUUCUCUCCUAACACUGGAAAGAAAAGUGCUAAAGUCAAGUCUGGAUACAAGCGAGAACAUAUCAACUUGGCCUGUGACAUGGAUUUUGAUAUUGCGGGUCCUUCAGUACGUGGUGCCUUUGUCUUUGGCUAUGAAGGUUGGCUGGCAGGUUACCAAAUGACUUUUGAGACAGCUAAAUCCAGAAUAACUCAGAGCAACUUUGCUGUUGGUUAUAAGACGGAUGAGUUCCAGCUUCACACCAAUGUGAAUGAUGGUACAGAAUUUGGAGGUUCCAUUUACCAGAAAGUGAAUGAUAAAUUGGAGACAGCUGUCAAUCUUGCUUGGACAGCUGGAAAUAGCAACACUCGCUUUGGAAUAGCAGCCAAAUAUCAGCUUGACCCAGAUGCAUCUUUCUCUGCUAAAGUGAAUAAUUCCAGUUUGAUUGGUUUAGGAUAUACUCAAACUCUGAAGCCAGGUAUCAAACUGACACUGUCAGCUUUGUUGGAUGGAAAGAAUGUCAAUGCAGGUGGCCACAAACUAGGUCUAGGACUGGAAUUUGAAGCAUAAAAAAAGGGAUUGUACCAUCACUUAAUUUUGAAGUAACUUACAGCAUAGCUACCUUCUGACUUUAGUGUACUUUUCAAUGUUUUAUGUCUGGGAUGCAAUUAUUGCUGUGUGUCAGUCAUGUUGAACAUGGUUAAGGAAGGCUACGUUUCAAAGUAUGUAUUUUCAGAGAAAAAUGAGAAUCAUGUUUCUGGUUCCAGGUCUCUGGAGAGUGUUGCUUGAAAAAACUCCAUACUUGCAACAAUUAUAUGAAGGCCUGAUUCUGUCUUAAACAUUCUCUUACAAAAAUGGCUGCUAUAAUGGAAUACACUUUUGAUGUUUAUGCUACAGGAAAACCAAUCCAUCAUAAUGCUCAGGAAACACAAAUUCCUGUCCUUGAAUGAAUUGGGCUUUCAUUCUAUGAUGGAGGGUUAAAAUCUGUGUGAUAAGAGGCUGCCUAGGCAGAGGCGUUAUACAUGUUUUAAGUCUCAGUUCUCUCUCCCAUACCCACAGCUCUCUGUUUUCACCAACAGCUUGUCUUUGGAGUGCUUUAGAGUGUUCACUUUGUUUAACCUUGGCAUAUAGAGAGUUUUUGGUGUGAUUCGGCCAACACUGCAUACAAUUCACAUCCUGUAUUGUGGUUCCUUUCCCUUGCACUACUUUUGGAAGAGCUUGUACGACACAGCCGUGAGCAAGGAAAAGCCUCUGUAACUGUAAUUACCUAGUGGCAUUGCAUUAAACAAAACGGACCUUGUUUUAUCCUCUCUUCUUUUUUUAUUUUAGCAGUUUUAAUGGGUACGUCUUCAGUCUUCCAUUUUUGUGUGUGGAACUAGACCCCCAAAUGCU